UGCAUCACCAUGAAUCGACUAUUCCGGCCAGCAUGGACCGCUGGUCGCCAGUCUCUCCGCUUCAAUUCUAGACAAUUGACGCGCCGUCUCGAAUCUACUCAGUCCACUCCACCAACCACGAAAGAAUCCGCACGCGUUGCGCGCAUUGAAUCACGUUUACCCAAGUUCUUACGAAGAUUCGUGGAGCCACUGCGCAAUGCUCCGUUCUCCCACAUAUCUGCCUUCCUAAUCCUCCACGAGAUCACAGCAGUCGUACCUCUGCUCGGACUGGCAGCAGUCUUCCACUACACCAAUUGGCUUCCGCCGUUCAUCAGCGAGGGAAAAUGGUUUAGCGAUGGCGUUCAAAAGUUCGGGAACUAUAUGCGGAAGAAAGGGUGGCUGAGCGGCGAAACAAGGAGCGGGAAGUGGUUUGGAAAGGGCGAGAAGGGCACGAGACUCGUUGCGGAGCUUGCUACGGCAUAUGCGAUCACGAAGCUUCUGAUCCCCUUGAGGCUUAUCGUGAGUGUCUGGGCUACACCGUGGUUUGCGACGCGGACUAUGCUGCCUGUCACGAAUUUCUUGAGCAAGCGGUUGCGGCCUGUCACAAAUUUCAUGAGCAAGCUGUUGUGGCGUAAGAAGGCCGCGACUGCUUCGUCAGGCGCUGCUGCUGGCACUGGAGCGACAGGUGCUGGAGUGGUGCCGAAGAAGUGAGUGUCAUGAAGGACGACGAACUCCACUUUCCUGCACAUAUCCGAUUACCACGGGACUUCACCACUCUUGUCACUGCUAGCUGGACUGAGACACCUGUACAUCUAGCUCUGCAUCGGGCUGUCCGCAUUUGGCUCGUGGUUGGCCUUGAAACAACUACCAUCGGCACAGGAGGACUUACGCCAGUCAAAAGGACUUCGCCAUUGAAGGGUCAGCAAUUCACUCCGGGCUAUCGGUACCAUUUUUUUUUUUCGAUCGUAUGGAUUCUCCCGAUAAAUCCUGGGGUGUCCUUCGAAGAGAAA